AUGCCACAAUUUUCAAUGGCUAGCCUUGUGUGGAUCUAUCUUGCUGUAGGAAUCAUCUACCUCUCCUACAAGAUCGUACGCAGGGCCUUCUUUACACCUUUACGAGGCAUCCCUGGGCCAUGGCAUGCAUCAUUGGUCAAUUGGCGAUUGAAGAUAGCAGUACUCGGUGGUGCUCGAGCAGACUACAUUCAUGCACUCCAUCAAUUAUACGGACCAAUUGUCAGGAUUGCACCCAAUGAAAUCGCCAUCAACGAUCCAGCCAGCUUCAAAGAUAUCCACAAGAUCGGUUCUGGUUUCACCAAGACCAAUUGGUAUGAAUACCUGAACACCAACGGCGUUGGCAAAUGUCCUGGCGUCUUCAACAUAACCAAUCCUAAGGAAUAUGCAGCCAGACGCAAGUUGCUGGCUAGAGGCUUCAGCCAGCGACAUAUUCGUGAACAAUGGGAGAGUGUUGUUCGUGAGAAAGUCGAUCUGGCCGUCGCCCGCAUCAAGUCGAAUGCCACCUCUGGAACAGCCGAUGUUCUCAAGUGGUGGACAUACCUCGCCACAGAUGUGUCUGCUCAUCUCAUGUUCGGCGAGUCUUUUCACAUGCUCGAGAGCGGGAAACGUGUACCUUACAUCGAAGCUUUGGAGAAAGCUACCAUUUGCUCCGCCAUAAGCUGGGAGCUUCCUCUGGUCUACUGGAUAGGUCGCCGGCUACCAUUCCCUGCCAUGAGAGCCAUCUUCUAUGCCAACAGUGUCUUGCUCGAGCAAGGUGGUGUAGCAAUCAAGAACAGCAAAUCUCAGGAAUAUCAGACAUCCAACAUCUUCGCCACUGCCAUCAAUGAAGCAGAAAAGGGUGACGGCACUAUGACCGAUGAGGAAGUCCAGACAGAGGCUGGAAAUUUGAUUGUUGCUGGUUCCGACACCACAGGCAUCACACUUACCUACCUAACAUGGUGCGUUCUGAAACAACCUGCACUCCAGAAAGCUCUCGAGGAAGAGGUCAGCGAGGCUGAUGGACUGCUUACUGAUGCUUCUCUGGAACAACUGCCUAUCCUGAACGCCGUGAUCGAAGAGACACUUCGCCUAUAUGGAGCUGCACCAGCAACCCUACCCAGGCUCACACCCAAGGGUGGCGCUACUUUCAGAGACUACUACAUCCCUGCUGGCACUGUUGUGGGCACUCAGAGCUAUUCUCUCCACAGAGACCCCCAGCUUUUCGCCAACCCCGACAAGUUCGAUCACACACGCUGGUUACCACCAAAUGAACUAUCGCCCUUGGCAAAAGCAGUCUUCUCGCCUUUCGGCGCAGGAUCCAGAGUCUGCAUUGGCAUUCAUCUAGCACGCAUGGAGCUUCGACUUGCUACCGCGAAGUUCUUCCGCGAGUGCAAAGGUGCGAAGUUGGCGCCUUCGACUACCGAUGAGAGUAUGAAGCCUGUCAACUUCUUCCUCAUCACGCCUCAAGCACACAAGUGCGAAAUUAACAUGUAA